CACUACGCCAUUUUGCUGUCAACAUUUGCAAAUAUUCACGCACGGAUUUUAAGGAAAGAGUAAUUCUAAGACAAGUAUUGGAAAAUAAGGUACGUAAAAUCAUUUAAAUUCCUAUUAAGAUACAUAAAUAUUGCAAGAGACUGCUAUGACCCUACACAAUUCAGAUGUAGCUCUAAAAGCAUCUUAUCUUGGUGUAAUAGGGACGAUUACCUAUUACCGACACAGUGGGCUCAGUGGCCCGGGGUUGACUAGUUCAGGGAGCUGGAUUUUAUUCUGAUUUAAAUUAAGCGAAUUCGUAAUAUUUAGUCCCUCAAAUCAGUAGCGAAAAAAAGGGUAUGAUCACAAAUACAAGAGUGUAAUAAUUACACUUAAUCAAUUUACUUCAAUGUCUGUCUCUUUAUUUUUAAAUUUUAGUUUUUACCCCUACUAACACUAUAUUUUAUAAUACUAAGCCCUUCAUUGUAUCCCUCUAUAUAUGAAUACGCAGCAAGAAGUGUUAAGGCUAAGGACUUGCGGCUGCUCCCUUUUCUCAACUAAAAUACGUGUGCUUCAGUUGCACACUGUUAAAUGAAGAAAAAGAAUACAAAAUAUUUUUCAAAUAAACCCAACUUACUUUUUUUAACACUUAAAAUGUCACAAAAAUAAAUACAAUACUGCCCAUUUUCUAAAAUGCCAGAAAAUUUAAACAUUAUUAUUAGAAUUAACCACCCAAUGAAAUUAUAAUUUAAAACUUUCUAUCGGCCGUUUUAUUAUUUUACCAAUCAAAAAACUUUUUACUCUAUUAAAAAUCGAAGAAUAAAGAUUUUUUUAAGUUGUAUUAUACCGUUUUGGAUAUUCAUAUCACAACUGAAUGAAAGAGAAAUUGCCUUAUUGCUAAUAUUACUGUCACUGAUUUUUGUUUUUUGUUUUGCUUAUUUUCAGAAGUAGGUGCAGAGCCAUACAUAAUGGCUUUCCCCUACACAGUCAUAGGGCCUGGGGGCCAGCCGUACAUCUUAAGCCAGAUUCCUAUCAUGCAGAGCCCCAUGCAGCCUCAGUUGAUACCUUCCCACAUUGUACAACAGCAGCAAGUUCAACAACAACAACAGCAGCAGCAACAACAGCAGCAGCAACAACAGCAGCAGCAACAACAGGGUCAAAAGCAACAACAGAAAAUGCCAGAUUACAUGUCAGAGGAUAAAUUGCAAGAGAAGGGUAAUUUUAAUAAGUGUGCAGUUAUAGCUUUCAUUUUAAUUGAAUUCUUAAAAUAUUAUUUAUUUUUGGAUGUUGUAUUUUAGCUUUUCAGAUGCAAUUGAUUAUUGUUAUGUUUGGACCCAUUUCUUUUUGUCACCAGCAAGGAAGUGGCAACAGCUCCAGUCAAAAAGAUAUGCAGAGAAAAGAAAAUUUGGUUUUGUGGAUGCUCAAAAAGAGGACAUGCCACCAGAGCAUGUGAGAAAAAUUAUAAGAGACCAUGGAGAUAUGACAAACAGAAAGUUUCGACAUGACAAAAGAGUCUAUCUUGGGUAAGCAUGAAGCUCUUAUUGAGCUCUUUCAAUGCCAGGGGGUUUUCCCCGUUUGUGCCAAACCAGUUAUCGGCCAGUGGAAAUUGUUUAGGGUGCUCUUAACUAUUAAUUAAUUUUGAAAACAUUUCUUUUAGCCAGAUAGCUGCAUUUCAUAUCAAAUUAAAGGAAAUUAGACAGAGAAUAUAUAUAUGUAACAGAUACAACAAUAUGACAACAAUAGUUCAUAAUUUUUCUGAUAAUACUAUGAGAUCAAAUUGAUCUAAUUUUUAAAAAAAUGUACACCAAAUCUGAACUUUUUAGUCUGUGUAGCUUGUAUCCUAUACUGCUUCAAUCCUCAGAAAGUAUAUCCAUUUUUUAAUUUAAAAAAUAAAUGUAUCUUCAUUUAUCUUUUAUUUCUUAAUAUAAUUUUUUUGAAUACUCAUAUUAUGUCCCAUAAAUUGUGAGCUUUUUCUUUAAGGUCCAUAACCUACUUAUUACUGAAAUAUUAUGAUGGUGCUGAUAUUUUUGUUUAUUCAUAAUAGGGAAAUUCCUUUGGUACAGGAUAAUCUAUGUAAAAAAAAAAACACAGGUUCCAUCAAUUUCAUUGUUUGUUAUACAUAAUUAACAAAUACAUUACAUGAUUUCACUUCUUCAGAGCUCUAAAGUAUAUGCCUCAUGCUGUUCUCAAACUCCUGGAAAAUAUGCCAAUGCCUUGGGAACAGAUUCGAGAUGUGAAGGUUUUAUAUCAUAUCACUGGUGCUAUCACUUUCAUCAAUGAAAUUCCAUGGGUUAUUGAACCUGUAUACAUUUCACAGUGGGGGUAAGUAUUACUUGGAUCCAAUUUUUAUAAUUUGUAAUUAUAUUAUUAAUGCAUGAGUUUGAUUCAUCAUGAUCAUCAUGUCCCUUAUUCCUUGGACCGUUGGGACGCCACCGAUGACAUGUGAACUAUCCUCCUCCAUUCGUCUCUGUCUUCUGCACUACGCACAGCAUCGAUUAGUGUUAGUCCUGUCCAUUAGUUUGAUUACAGUAAAUAAUGAUUUGAAUUCAUUUCUUUAAAACUUUGCAAUUAAAGUUUAGUUUAGACAUUUCCCUAAAAUUAAAAAAAGAAUCUUUAUUUUUCUUGUACGCUGCAAAUCUAUUGUCUCUUAUACUAAAAAAAGUUUUUUCUUAAUGUUUAGAAAUGACUAAUUUUAAACAUUCAGAUCAAUGUGGAUCUUACUACGUCGAGAAAAGAGAGAUCGUCGUCAUUUUAAAAGGAUGCGCUUUCCCCCAUUUGAUGAUGAAGAACCCCCACUGGAUUAUGCUGAUAACAUCAUGGAAGUAGAACCACUGGAACCCAUUCAGAUGGAGAUGGACCCAGAGGAAGACAAGGCUGUGAUGGAGUGGUAUUAUGACCACAAACCACUGAUUGAUUCUAAGUAAGUUUAAUAUAUAAUGAAGCAAUAGUUAGUCCCUUGAAUUUUAAACAUAAUAAAACCUUUAUUUAACAACUUAAUCAUAAGCAAACUAAAAUAAUUAAUCUCUUAAUCUAUUCAUUAAUUUAUUUUAACUCUAGACAUGUUAAUGGAACAACAUACCGUCGCUGGAAUCUUACCUUGCCAAUUAUGUCAGUGCUUUACCGCAUGGCCAACCAGCUUCUUACAGAUUUGGUAGAUAACAACUACUUCUAUCUAUUUGAUCUCAAGUCAUUCUUCACAGCCAAAGCUCUUAAUCUGGCUAUUCCUGGGGGCCCAAAGUUUGAACCUUUGGUCAAGGACAAGGAAUUGCAGUAAGUGUUUACUCUGUUUAUUUGUAGUUCUGCAUAACUAAAUAGCCAUUUUAAAAAAAAAUGGAAAAACAGACACAAUUAAUUAUAGAGCUUAUCCAGUAAUGAUGAGUCUGAAGUCAAAGUUCCUUAUAGGUACUUGUGUAAAAUUCUCGUGUUAGCUUACAAAUACAAGUGUUGUAAAUGAUAUUAUGUUGUCAACAUGUUUCAAUAAAGAAUAAUAUUAAUGUUUCAGAGAUGAGGACUGGAAUGAAUUCAAUGAUAUCAACAAAAUCAUCAUUAGACAGCCUGUCAGAACAGAAUAUCGCAUUGCUUUUCCCUAUCUGUACAACAACAUCCCUUUUCAAGUCCACCUUUCUUGGUGAGUUCAAUGUGUUUGUGGUUAUGGCUGAGAUAUAAGUUUUUUCAUUUUCUGAAAGCAUGAAUGAAGUUUUAUAUUUCUUCCAGUUUAUCCUCAAUGAUUUUAUGAAAGAUAUUGACAGAAUUUUUACAAAUUUGUAUAGCUUUCAAAGUGUCUCUUCUAAUCAGGUACCAUGAACCUAAUGUUGUGUUCAUCAAAACCGAGGAUCCUGAUCUCCCAGCCUUCUACUUUGAUCCACUGAUUAAUCCAAUAUCUCACAGACAGGCAACUAAGGUCAGUUUCUUAUUUUUUGUUGUUGUUAUUUUCUUUCAUUUAUAUUAAUGCACAUGUUAUGUAACAGAUAUCCAAAUAGAGAAUAUAAUCUGUUUUUUUUAAAAAGUAUUUUUUUAAUUUUUAAAAAAUCUUAGCACCCUGAGCCACUGCCAGAUGAUGAUGAAGAAUUUGAACUGCCUGAAUUUGUGCAACCCUUUCUUCAAGAUGCACCUCUGUACACUGACAAUACAGCAAACGGUAUUGCAUUAUUAUUUGCACCACGUCCUUUCAAUUUGAGAUCUGGCCGUACUCGCAGAGCUAUUGAUGUUCCUUUAGUCAAGUCAUGGUAAGUAAACAAAUAUUUUGUAUUUGCUCUUCAAAAACCUUGUAAGUAAUGUUAAUCUUUUUUUUAAUGAUUUAUUAGAUUAAAGUAUCUCACCUUGCACAACAUUGUUCAACCUAAAAUGCUUUAUUCCUGUUCAGGUACAGAGAACAUUGUCCCGCAGGGAUGCCAGUAAAAGUCAGGGUGUCCUACCAGAAACUUCUGAAGUAUUAUGUUCUAAAUGCUCUCAAACAUAGAGCACCCAAGGCACAAAAGAAGAGGUAUAUAAUUUUUUUUUUUAAUUAAUUUUUUUUUUUUUUUUUUACAGAUUAUAAAAACUACUCAUUUUUAACUAUAGUUUCAUUUUAUUUUUAAACAAUUUUUUUAAAAAGAAGAGGUAUAUAAUUUUUUUUUUUAAUUAAUUUUUUUUUUUUUUUUACAGAUGAUAAAAACUACUCAUUUUUAACUAUAGUAUCAUUUUAUCUUUAAACAAUUGUUUUAAAUUACCACGAUUUAAAAUCUUCAGCAAUUAAAACUUUGAGAACAAAUAGCAUUAUUUAAAAAUAAAUUAUCAUAAAAUUAAGAUUUUGAUUAUCAUUUUUUUUAAAACAGUAUCCAUGAAUUAUUUUUACAAAAUAUAAAACAUUGUCCUUGGCAUUAAUUAGUAAAUUUGUGUUCUGUUAGGUACUUGUUCCGGUCCUUCAAGGCCACCAAGUUUUUCCAGACAACACAGCUGGACUGGCUGGAAGUAGGUCUUCAAGUCUGCAGACAAGGUUACAACAUGUUGAACCUGCUAAUCCAUCGUAAAAACCUCAACUACCUUCACUUGGACUACAACUUCAACCUUAAACCUGUCAAAACUCUCACAACAAAGGUAAAUUGGAAAUUUUAUGUUAUUGAGAGCAGUUGUAACAGCUUUUUUGUAUUGGAUUUAAAUAUAUGAUCAGUUGUUAACAGUUCAUUAACUACACAGAAUUUAUGACAUUGUGGAAUUUAAUUUUGUUUGCAGGAACGCAAGAAAUCCAGAUUCGGAAAUGCCUUUCACCUUUGUCGAGAAAUUCUCCGUCUCUCAAAACUCAUUAUUGACAGCCAUGUGCAGUACAGAUUGGGCAAUGUUGAUGCCUACCAGGUUGGUAACUAAUUUAACUUAAAAAUGGGGGGGGGGGGGGGUAAUUAUAUCAGUCUGUAUUUAUUUGAAUAAUUCAUAUAAAUAGCAGUUCCUGAGCAAAAUUUACACAGAUAAUGGCAGGAAAACUGUUUUUUUACGCUGGUUUAUUUACAAGAAACUAUAUUUCAAUAUUUAGAGGCAUAUUAACCCAAAAAAAAUAGUAUUUAAAAAAUAUUUUUAAUCAAAGACACAUGUUGAUAUUUUUCAAUUGAUUCGUUUCUGUUUUAUGGCCAAAUAUAUUGUAUUGCUGUGUUUAUUUUUGAGAUUUGUUUAGGUUAAAUUACCAGAAGCCAUUUUUACUGUUUAGCCGUGUAGAAUAAAUAUCGCAAUGAGCAUGAAACCGGCUCUUAUUUGAAGUUAUAUCUAUCUUCAUGUUAACCUUAUUAAAAAAAAAUAAGGAUCCAUGCUCAAGGAUCAUAUUAAAAUUGUUAAGAGCCACAUGGGACCAUGUACAUACAAUAUUAAUAAAUGUUUAUAUUUUAAAUUAAGUAAAGGAUAAUAAUUGUACUUUAUUUAAAAGUUAAUUUGGGUUUUAAAAAAAUUAUUUGUAAAAACAAAAAAAACUUAAAUAACUUUUAAAAUAGAAAAAUUAAAGCCUAUCAUAUCUUUAUAUGCCUCAUUUGAAAUUAGCUAAUCUAUUAUUAAUACUUCGUGAUGAGUGGGGGAAAAGGGAUGGGGGGGGGGGUGUUGGUUUACUCAAAAAGGAAAAGUCUAAUCAAGGGGUGUGGGGAAAAAAUAUUGUUAAGAAUUGCUGACUGAAAGGAAAAAAAUAAUUAAUUCUUAAUUUACCAUUAGUUUACUCACAUCUUUUUACCUUAAAUUUUUUUUUUAAGCCAACUCAAUUUGAUUUAUGUAGAAUGUGUAUCUUAGACUGUUUUACUAUGUAUUCCAGCUUGCUGAUGGUUUGCAGUAUGUAUUUGCCCAUGUUGGUCAGCUGACUGGUAUGUACAGAUAUAAAUACAAGCUGAUGAGACAGAUAAGGAUGUGUAAAGAUCUCAAACAUCUCAUCUACUACAGAUUCAACACGGUAAGCAUUGCCACAAAAAAAAAAUUAUUUUUUAAAAGGCAUUAAACAUAAUGCCCAUUGUUCUGAGUAAACUAUAGAAUACAAUUAAGAACAAAUGUGUGAUGAAAUGUUAAAAACACCUAUUAGUGUUUCAGAAUGGAGCUUUAAGUCUCAUAGAUUUAUGAAAUAGAUAUGUAAUCACAAUUUAGAUACUCUGCACAAGGCCAUCCUUGAAUAUAAAUGACAUGAAAAAAUCUUUGCUAUGUCUAAAUGUUGUAAAUCAUUUAUCAUUUUAUGUUACUCAAAUAUGUAAGUAAAAUGUUAUGCUAAUAAUACUUUUUCUCCACGAAAAUCAUCCAGGGUCCAGUAGGUAAAGGUCCAGGAUGUGGUUUCUGGGCACCAGGCUGGCGAGUGUGGAUGUUCUUCAUGCGAGGCAUCACGCCACUGCUAGAGAGAUGGUUGGGAAAUCUGCUGUCCCGUCAGUUUGAGGGUCGACACAGCAAAGGAGUUGCAAAGACUGUUACCAAGCAGAGAGUGGAGAGCCACUUUGAUCUUGAGCUGAGAGCUGCUGUGUGUAAUCUUAAUUUUGUUUUUAUUUCAUUAUAGUUUAGUUUCAUAAUUUAUAAAAGGAAAUUUGUCCUGGCAAGUAGAAAAUUAGCUAGGAUCUUUUUCAUUAUAACUAAACUGAUUCAAGAUUAUCCCCUUUUUGAAUGUUAGUUGUUUUUUGUUUUUUUAAAUCUUGAUUACACAUUAUUUUAUUUAUUUGUGUUAAUGUUUAGAUACAUUUUUUUUCUUUAGGUCAUGCAUGACAUUCUUGACAUGAUGCCCGAAGGUAUCAAACAAAACAAAGCAAGGACAAUCCUGCAACAUUUGUCAGAAGCAUGGAGAUGCUGGAAAGCAAACAUUCCAUGGAAGGUAAGGAUUCAUAAGACACAUUUUCUGCAUCUAAUUAUUUCAUUUAUAAACCAUUUAGAGAAUGGAGAGUUUACAAAAUUAAAAAAGAUGAUUUAUAAUUAAUUUUGUUUGUCAACUAGGUUCCUGGUCUUCCCACGCCCAUUGAGAACAUGAUACUUAGAUAUGUGAAAGCUAAAGCUGAUUGGUGGACCAACACAGCUCACUACAAUAGAGAGAGAAUCAGGAGAGGGGCUACUGUGGACAAAACUGUCUGUAAAAAGAACUUGGGGCGCCUGACAAGGCUUUACCUCAAGGCAAGUUGUUUAAAUUUGUUGUUUUUUUACUUACAUUUGCUUUUAUAGCAGAUCCAAUUGGAAGAAAAGAAACAGUAUUAAUAAUAAUUUUCGUUUGAUGAGAAUUUAAUUAUAAAGCUUUAUUUGACUUAUGUAGGCUGAACAAGAGAGACAGCAUAACUACUUGAAAGAUGGCCCAUACAUUACAGCUGAGGAGGCUGUUGCCAUCUACACAACAAUGGUUCACUGGCUGGAAAGCAGAAGAUUCUCACCUAUCCCAUUCCCUCCACUGUCUUACAAACACGACACCAAGCUGCUAAUCUUGGCUCUGGAGAGACUCAAAGAGGCAUACAGGUAAUAAAACUUAAAUGCUAUUUUAAAAAAAAUAUAUAUAUAUAUGUGCUAAGGACUCAAUAUUAUUUGUCUUCGAGUAAAUAUAUAUAUUUAUAUAUACAGUGGAACCUCUCAUAACGAGCAUAAUUCGUUUCAGAAUCUUACUCGUUAAGCGAAACACUCCUUAAACGAAACAAUUUUUUCAAUACAAAUCAAUGUAAAAUACGAUAAUGCGUUCCAUGCUGAAAAAAUACUAAUUUUUCAAAAAAAAAUUAUUAACAUUUAUUCAAAUAAAAUUACUUAUGAAUUGUUAAGGGGUGUAACAACUUGGAAUACAAUUUAGAUUUGAAACAAAAAAUGUAAAUAAAAGUAUGAAUUUAUGACAAAUAAUCCCUUUAACUAGAAAACUGUCUAAAGACAUUUGUUUUUGCAGACGCUUCAAAAUUUGAUGAAAAUGUGUCACAGUAUUAUCAUCGAAUAAAUUUGUAGCACAAAUAGCCACCUUCUUAUUAGGGUGAUGCUUCUCAAUGUACGAUGCAACAGUUGAUAUUGACCGAUUGUAUGUGCGCGCUAGGUUAGCCAUGCUCACACCUUGUUCUCGCUUUUCAAUGAUUUUACGUUUCAUUUCAAUAGUUAUUUUUUCUCUCUGAUUUUUGUCUUCUUGUGGGAUUUUCUUUGAAGGCAUUUUAGCACAGGUUAUUACACUUUGCACAUUAAAAAAUUACGAAUAUUGUCCGAAUACAAAAUUUGAAAAAGCUGGUGAUCACACACGAAAACAAUACGCUAACAGACCAAAAGCUAAACACAGACUAAUGCAUCGGCGCGGAAGUCCUGGCUCUCAAAUGAAUGUCGGGAAAAGGGACUUCCCCUUUCUGCAUAACUCGUUAUGGGAAAUGUCGCUCGUUAAGGGAGCAAUUUCUUCACAUUUUUUUUGCUUGUUAUGGGAAUUACUUGUUAUGAGAGGUGCUCGUUAUGAGAGGUUCCACUGUAUAUUUUAAAAAAAUUUUUUAUAAGUUUUGACAAAAUCAUUUAUUCAUUUGUUAUGGUUAAGUUUUAUUUUUAUUUAGCAAUGUUUCAUACGUUUGACCAAGAAGUAAACAAUAUAUUAAAUAUAACAACAUUUUUAUAAUCUGCAUUUCAACAUAUAAAGUCAUGAAAUGCAUGUUAGAUAUAUUACAGACUGAUUUUUUUUUUAAAAACCUUAACAUUUCCAGUGUGAAGAGCAGAUUAAAUCAGUCACAAAGAGAAGAACUAGGUCUGAUAGAACAGGCCUUCGACAACCCUCAUGAGGCCUUGUCCAGAAUCAAACGUCAUUUGCUAACCCAGAGAGCUUUCAAAGAGGUAUGACAGUAUUUACAUGUGUACAUAUAUUUUUAAAAUACAUCAGCAAGUUGAGUAAUGUGCUAAAUAUUGGGACUUAAAGCAUAACCAGGCUCUCCAUGAUUUACAAGAUAAAUAAUGGGCUGGUCCACUGUUCCAGUAUUAAACAGAAACUCGUCCCUCUCCCCCAUAGACAGCGACGAGGCCAUGACAGGCAAUUCAGGCUCAUACCAGCAAGAAGCCAGUAUAGGAAACAGUUGAGGCGACAACACUAGACACAUUUGUGUCUAUUGCCUCAAGCCUUCAAACCCCUAGUGCAUAAUUUCCUCAUCACCACCAGUAACAGAAACAUGGCAAAUCCCAUCUACAUGCAUAGGAGCCAAAAAUGAUCAAUAAAUUGAUCGUGGGCCCUUAAGAUAUAGAAGAAGAAGAAGAUAACUUGUCAUAAAUUUACAUAUUUUUUUAGAAAAAUAAAAUAAAAUUGUCCAUGCAUUCUUUUCACAAACUUAGUGCUUUUAGCUGCUUUACGGUAAAGAUGUUUAACAAAUAUAAGAGGUACAAUUAUUGGGUUUGAAAACCACAAUCAGCUUUUGUUUUUUUACUAAAGGAAAAAAAUUUAAAAUUUUUUUUUCUUAUUUGAAAUAAAAAGCUUAAUUAAUUACAACACAACCAAUUGUUGGUUUUGCAUUACUCUAAAUUCAUGGUUUCAACAGGUGGGCAUUGAGUUCAUGGACCUCUACAGUCAUUUAAUUCCUGUGUAUGAUGUUGAGCCCCUAGAAAAAAUUACAGAUGCUUACUUGGAUCAGUAUCUGUGGUAUGAAGCAGACAAACGUCGACUGUUCCCGCCAUGGAUCAAGCCAUCAGACUCGGAGCCUCCUCCAUUGUUGACUUACAAAUGGUGCCAAGGUAGGACCAGUUUCUGUGAUGAAUAUACUUACCAAAUAAACAUGUCCAGUUUCAUUUUAUAACAGAAUGUAUUUCUUUCUUAAAAUAUCAAAUUUAUUGUCAUAAUAAGGUGACUCAAGUUAUUUUUGUCUUUGCUUAAAUGAUGAAAAAACAAUUUUAACCUUUUUUUGAACAUUUAAAGCUACAAUUGUCAUAAUUAUUUCCUAAAAUGGUGGGCUGAACUUUUUCUUCAAAGGUAUCAACAAUUUACAAGAUGUUUGGGAAACUGGUGAGGGUGAGUGCAAUGUAAUGAUGGAGUCCAGCUUUGAGAAGAUGUAUGAGAAGAUUGACUUGACCCUGCUUAACAGAUUGCUGCGUCUCAUUGUGGAUCACAACAUUGCUGACUACAUGACUGCAAAAAACAACGUUGUUAUCAACUACAAAGUAAUUUUUUAAAGAGAUAUUUUAAAAUCUUAAAUUCCUUUUUAAAAAAUUGUAUUGGUCUUUUGUGAUAAAAAAAAAAAAUGAGAACUAGAAUAACUUAAGCGUAAAUGAGAAAUAGACUAUCUACGUAAACAUUUUCAUUGUUAAAUUAUUUUAAUGGAAAAAAUCCCAUUUGAUUUUUGUAUUUAAUCAAGUUGAUAAGUGACUGCAUUAUAAAAAUAUAAUGUUAUUAACAACCACCUUUUGACCUUUUGAAGAAAAUUCAUUUUUAAAUGUUUGCAUCUGAUAUAUUUGGUUGGUUUUAAUAUUAAGAUUUAUAGUGUAGAGCAUAGUGCAGUUAUAUGAUGUAUAAUUUCUGUUGAUUGAUUCACUUUAACAGGACAUGAACCACACCAAUUCCUAUGGUAUCAUCAGAGGCCUGCAGUUUGCUUCCUUCAUUGUUCAGUACUAUGGCCUUGUAUUGGACCUGCUGGUCUUGGGUCUCCACAGAGCCAGUGAGAUGGCUGGACCGCCACAGCUGCCCAAUGAUUUCCUUACAUUCCAGGUAUACUUAAUAUUGUAAUCAUCUUUUAAACAAUGACUUUAACAUGUUUUGAAUUUUAUUGGUUUGGUGUAGGCAAAUGGAUUGCAAGAGUCAUAAUUCUUUUCACCUUUUUCCCCUUCAGAAUGUUGUCACAGAACAAGCUCAUCCAAUCAGACUUUAUUCACGUUACAUUGACAGGAUUCAUCUUUUCUUCAGGUUUUCUUGAAGUUUUCCAAUUUAUUCUUAUUCACAAUAACUACUUUUAAAGGAGGUUAAUGCAUAAUACACAGACAACAUGUUUAUUUUUUAAUGGAAUAAUGAAUAUGUGUAUUUUGAAGUUAAUAUUUGUGAACAUAUAAAUAUCAAAGCAGAGUUAUUUACAUUCUACUCAUCUCGGUAACAGAAAAGCGUGUAUGAUGGGAGCAAUUUCCUAAUAAUAAAUAAUUAUUUUUGAAUUGCAGAUUUUCAGCGGAGGAGGCCCGUGAUCUGAUCCAGCGUUACCUCACGGAACAUCCUGAUCCAAAUAAUGAGAACAUUGUGGGGUACAACAACAAAAAGUGUUGGCCCAGAGACUCUCGUAUGAGACUUAUGAAACAUGAUGUCAACUUGUAAGUGUAUGAGAUAAAAUUUUCUAAGCCACACAUUUACGACAAACUGCUACAAGUGGAAAUAAAAUAAUAUAGCGUGUAUCAAAAAUUUUAGUUCAACGUUCCUGCUUUCUUAAUAAAUUAUUUAAAUAAAUUAAAAAUGCAGGGUAUAUAAAGUAAUAUGAUGAUACUAUUUUCCACUUCAGGGGCAGAGCUGUUUUCUGGGACAUCAAGAAUCGACUGCCUAGAUCAGUGACAACAAUCCAAUGGGAUUCCAGCUUUGUGUCUGUUUACAGCAAGGACAACCCUAAUCUCUUGUUCAACAUGUGUGGAUUUGAAUGUAGGAUAUUGCCCAAGUGUAGAACUCAGCAUGAGGAGUUCACACACAAAGAUGGAGUUUGGAAUCUGCAAAAUGAAGUAAUUUUUAAAAGAAAAAAAAUAAUUACAUGAGUUAAAGUACUCAUAAUAUUUUAAAUGUCUGUAAUCCUGGUAAUAAAAAAAAUAAAUGAUUUAAGGAUCAGUUCACUGCUGUCCCACAGGAGAUUGAACUUGUAAUUACUAUAAAUGCACUUAUUUUUAAAAAAAUCAAUAUUCUCUUUUCUCUCCUAUAUCCAUUUGUGGUGAACUCCAUCCUAUUCUUGCUUAUCUCUGACAGGUAACAAAGGAAAGAACAGCUCAGUGCUUCCUCAGAGUCGAUGAAGAUUCCAUGGGCAAAUUUCAUAACAGGGUCAGGCAGAUCCUUAUGGCUUCAGGCUCUACAACUUUCACAAAAGUGAGUUAUACUAUAAAUAAAACAUGUAAUCAAUUGAAUUUUUAUAUUACUUUUUUAAAGAAUAUUUUUUUUUAAUAAUAAUUUUAAAACUAUUUUUACUCUUUUUUUUUUAAGCUAAGAAAGAUUCAGAUAAUUUUAUAAACAGAAUUAAGGGCAAACAACAUAUUUUAAAGACAGAGAAAUUCCUUCAAAGUGUUAACCAAAAAAUAAGAAAGCUGUUACGUAUUUUGCAGAUUGUCAAUAAAUGGAACACAGCCUUGAUUGGUCUUAUGACCUACUUUAGGGAGGCUGUUGUCAACACACAAGAAUUACUUGACCUCUUGGUUAAAUGUGAAAACAAAAUUCAGACCCGUAUCAAAAUUGGACUCAACUCCAAAAUGCCCAGUCGAUUUCCCCCAGUUGUGUUUUACACACCUAAAGAACUGGGUGGUCUGGGAAUGUUGUCCAUGGGUCACGUGCUGAUCCCUCAGUCAGAUUUAAGAUGGUCCAAACAAACAGAUGUUGGCAUUACUCAUUUCUUAUCUGGCAUGUCACAUGAUGAGGACCAGCUCAUUCCUAACUUGUACAGGUCUGUAUUUUAAUUGUUCAUUUAGUUUAUAUUGGGUUGAUGCAUCAUCAUUGUACCUGUCUUAGUAUCAAGACAACUUUUAUGUAUUAAGAUAUCUUAUAUAGUUAAGCAACAGUAGAGUUCACAAUGGCGUGAAAUACCUAGCUAACUUUUUGAGAAUUUAUUUUUCCAACCUGGUAAAUUAGCUUUUGUGGCCUGGGACUGGGUCACAACUGUGCUUUGACGAAACGCCUCCAUAACCUAUUUUCAGAGCAGCUGAUUAUUAGUGAAGACAAACAGCAAUAACUGUGUAAACAAAGGAAAUAGACUUUUAUAUAUGACUAGUUUUAUCACCCAUAUCAUUUUCACUUUUAUUUAUGAAAGAUGGUUGUUAAAUCUGAUUUCAUCUUAUGCCAUAGUCAAAUAAAUUUUUGUGUGCAACCACUGCUUUGUUAUUCAUCAAAGAAGACUGUAUCUACUUAUUUCCUAAAUUAUAUUUAGAAUAAAAGAAAAAUAUAUGUUUGACUUUAUAGAUACAUCAUGCCUUGGGAAAGUGAGUUUAUUGAUUCUCAGAGAGUUUGGGCAGAAUAUGCUUUGAAGAGACAUGAAGCUAAUGCCCAGAAUCGGCGCUUGACCUUGGAAGAUUUGGAGGACAGCUGGGAUCGGGGUAUCCCUCGUAUCAAUACACUUUUCCAGAAGGACAAACAGACCCUGGCAUAUGACAAAGGAUGGAGAGUCCGAACAGACUUCAAGCAGUACCAGGUAUUUUAACAAACUUUUGUUAAUGUUUUAGUAAUUCAACUCCAGAUAUUCAGUGGUAAAAGUAUGACAAUAAAUUAAAUUUAAAAGAAAGGCUUUUUUAAAAAUAUAAAUCACAAAAGAAUUAAUAAGACAAGAUUUGCCUGCUUUUAAGAAAUAUUUGGAGUAAUUGCACACAUGCUAAUCUAGAUUUUAUCAAUGAUAUUAAGAAAUGACUUAAGAUAACAGUUUCAAAUGUUUUUUUAAUGUUUAACUUUAUUCUUAGGUGUUAAAACAGAACCCAUUUUGGUGGACACACCAGCGCCAUGAUGGUAAACUCUGGAAUUUGAACAAUUACAGAACUGACAUGAUUCAAGCACUGGGUGGUGUGGAAGGCAUUCUGGAACACACACUCUUCAAAGGAACCUAUUUCCCUACUUGGGAAGGUCUAUUUUGGUCAGUUUUCAGUCCGUUUUUGUAUCAUUUGUACCCUUGAUGCAUAAUGCAUGGAUUUAGGUCAAGUAUAAAAUAACCAUGGGAGGUCUGUCGAUAUGUCUGUUUCCCAUCAUUUGUUGACUCUGACUGGAAAACCCUAGUUUUAAUUGGCAUACAUUUUUUCAGACUGAUCAGUCAUUUCCAUUGUCCUCCUUUUUGCUGAUUUCUAGCUUGCCAUUUCAUUGCUGUUGUGAUGCAAUUGUCGCAAAAUAAAAUUAAAUAGAAUGAAAUAUUUUCAGUUCUCUCUCUCCUACACACCCUCCCAAUUUAACAACAUAAGCAUCUUUCCUUUUUUAAAAAAUCCUGUUGACUAAAUUAAUAAUUGAAUUUGUUAUAACAAAUUUUAAAUCUUUUAUAACAAGGAUUUUUUUUUUCCUUCAUACUGUGUGAAAAUUUGUCAAAACUUUGCAUAAAAUGAAAAAAAAUAAUUCUCCAAUAAUGUUUCAAUUAUUUUUAUAACUAAGAAAAAAAAAUAUACAAAAAGUAUCUAAUGAUAGCUGAGUCAAAGAUGAACAAGUUAAUCUAUUUAACUGAUCAGAUCAGAGCUAUUUCAGAUCAGUUAAUUAAAAAAUCACCUUAAGAUUUUUAAGAAAUGUGAAAAAAACGUCAGACUGCAGAGAGUUAAGUGAAGCGACUUAGGCAGAUCUUCCAUCAUGACAAUUAGUUAUGAAUUAUCAUGCUAUCUAAUCCCACAAUCAGGGAGAGAGCAAGUGGCUUUGAGGAGUCAAUGAAGUACAAGAAACUGACCAAUGCCCAGCGUUCAGGUCUCAAUCAGAUUCCGAAUCGUCGAUUCACUCUCUGGUGGUCUCCUACCAUCAACAGAGCUAAUGUAAGUGUUACCUCAUUUUUAAAUAUUCAUUUAUAAACAAUUGAAACACUUAGAUUUACAUUUGUUUUGGAUGUUAUUUAAAAAAUAAAUGUAUGUUAUUAUUGUUGAAAGAUUAAGAUUUGUAUUUUUAGCUUUGUACAUUUUCCUUAUCACUUACUGAAAAUACAGAAUCUGUUUGUAGUUAUUCAUUAUUAUUUUCCAAUCAAAAUAAAUAUAAACAUUCCAUUUUCCAUUAUUUCAGGUCUAUGUAGGUUUCCAGGUACAGCUUGACUUGACAGGUAUAUUCAUGCACGGCAAGAUCCCAACACUGAAGAUUUCACUUAUCCAGAUCUUCAGAGCUCACUUGUGGCAGAAGAUCCAUGAAAGCAUUGUCAUGGACUUGUGUCAGGUAAACUUUUUUAUGAAACAUAUUUUGACCAACUUUUUUCUGGCUGUUGUUUUUCAGUUGUAUAUAUAUCAGACCUGUUUACUCUUACGAUUUUGGCGUACAAUGUACGAUUUUGAGGUGUAUAAAUUAUAUAUACUGCACAUUUUUUUUCUAUAAAGAGAAUGUAUUGAACAAUUAUGUGAUGAUAUUGUACGAUUUUAAGAGUUUGAGGGUAAACAGGUCUGAUAUAUACAAAAAUAAAAUUAUGAUACAGUUACAAAAAUAUUUUGCUCUGUGGUGUCUGUAAGUAAAUUCCAAUGAAUAAACGUUUUAAAAAACUAUACUCUGCAAAACUACAAUCUAAAGGGCUUAACAGGUACACGUGAAUCAAAUGUUUAAUUCCAAGACAUUAGAUCUGUUUAGAAAUAGUUUAAUAAUAAAAGUUGCUCUUGGUUUAAAGUUAUCUCUGUUGGAGAACUUCAAAUGCCAACCAUGUGUUUUACCAGGUAUUUGAUCAAGAGCUUGAUGCCCUUGAGAUUGAAACAGUCCAGAAGGAAACAAUCCACCCCCGUAAGUCUUACAAGAUGAACAGUUCUUGUGCUGAUAUCCAACUCUUUGCAGCAUACAAGUGGAAUGUUGCCAAACCUUCUUUGUUGGCAGAUCAAAAGUGAGUUCUUGGAAACUAGUAAAUUUAUUAUCUUGAAUUUUAAUCAAUUUUGUUUUCAUUAAAAGGUACUUGUAUUAUUACCAUGCACUAGUAAAUUUUGGGUCAUGUAAAUUGUUUUAUUUUGUGUUACGCAAUUUAGGACAAUAUAAUUGAUGGGUUUUUUUGUGUUGUAGUUUUGUUUAAAAUAAUUUAUCUAACUUUAAUUAAUCUCAAAAUAAGAAAGCAAUGAUAAAUAAAUGUAUUGAUUUAUUAAUUGCUUUUAAAGAGCUUUAUGUGAAUUCAAUUUAAUAGAGAUGUAAUGGAUGGAGCAACAACCCAGAAAUACUGGAUAGAUGUGCAGUUAAGAUGGGGAGACUAUGACUCCCAUGAUGUGGAGAGAUAUGCCAGGGCUAAGUUCUUGGACUACACAACAGACAACAUGAGUAUCUAUCCCUCACCUACAGGACUUCUGAUUGCUGUGGAUUUAGCAUACAAUCUGCAUAGGUACCUAUCACCCUGCAUCCCAACUUCAAACCAAAUUAAAAUAUUUUAAUUUUGAUUCUUAAGGAGAACUGCUUGAUUUAUUUUAUAUUUAUUUUCAAAGGAUAUUUUCUUGUUUUAAUAUAUUCAUUCACAUUUCUGAUAUGUGAUUUCUUUCUUUAAAGCGCCUAUGGCAAUUGGUUCCCUGGAGCUAAGCCACUGAUUCAACAAGCAAUGGCAAAGAUUAUGAAGGCCAAUCCAGCACUGUAUGUAUUGAGAGAACGAAUCCGAAAAGGUCUACAGCUAUAUUCUUCUGAACCUACUGAGCCAUACCUCAGCUCUCAAAACUAUGGAGAACUUUUCUCCAAUCAGAUUAUCUGGUUCGUAGAUGAUACCAAUGUGUACAGAGUCACUAUCCACAAGGUGAAUUCACUUAAGUUACCUAUGAUUUUUAAACUGCAUUGGCUGAAUUUGUACAAUCAGCUAUAAGCAAUUAUGCUUGAUGAAGCUUUUAUCUCAUUUCCAUCACCAUUACAUCUUAACAUUAAAAUAUAUUUUUAGAAAUGUUAAAGCUAUAAAAAUGUUGCCAUUUUAUUAUACUGUAUUUUAACAACUCACUUUUUCUCCACAGACCUUUGAAGGUAACUUAACCACAAAACCAAUCAAUGGAGCCAUCUUCAUUUUCAAUCCUCGAACUGGUCAGCUUUUCCUCAAGAUCAUUCACACAUCUGUGUGGGCAGGUCAGAAGCGUCUAGGUCAGCUAGCCAAGUGGAAGACAGCCGAAGAGGUGGCUGCCUUGAUCAGGUCUUUACCUGUUGAAGAACAACCCAAGCAGAUCAUAGUUACCAGAAAGGGUAUGCUGGAUCCUCUUGAGGUGAGACCAGUUCACAUGUAUGUAUAUAAUAUUGCAUUAUACUACAACUUUACCAAAUAACUCGGAUAGCCUAAAAGUUAGAUCUAAUACCAAUUAUGUCUGGUCAAGAAUACAGCUAAAUUCUUCCACAUAUAUUCAAAACAGGUUCACUUGCUGGAUUUCCCCAAUAUUGUGAUCAAGGGCAGUGAGCUGCAGCUCCCAUUUCAAGCUUGUCUUAAAGUAGAGAAAUUCGGUGACCUUAUUCUCAAGGCUACUGAACCUCAGAUGGUUUUGUUCAACUUGUAUGAUGACUGGCUCAAAACCAUUUCAUCCUACACUGUAAGUCUACUUUAUGGUAUCAUCCUAUCUACUGGAAUAUUUAUGUAUUUUCGUGGUUUAAUAUUGGCUUUAUUUGAUUUCUUAAUGAAUUAGUAAAAGUUUCUGAGAUUUCUGUUAGUAUCUUUGGGAAAAUACUAUUGCAAUGCAAUGAACUCACUAAUUUUAAUGAUUGUAAUAAGGAAUAUAAAAAAUAUUUUUGAAAUAGGCCUUUUCACGUUUGAUCCUGAUUCUCCGAGCUCUACAUGUCAACAAUGACAAAACAAAGAUCCUUCUUAAGCCCGACAAGACUACCAUAACCGAAGCUCAUCACAUCUGGCCAACCUUGUCAGAUGAAGAGUGGAUGAAGAUUGAAGUACAGCUCAAAGAUCUUAUUCUAGCUGAUUACGGCAAGAAGAACAAGUAAGAGAGAAAUCAUAUUUGAAGUCUCAUAUUGAAUAAUUGUUCUCGCUGUAGAGUAAUUAUAGACUUUAUGAAUAUCUAAUAUUUUCAUCUUAUUCAUUUUAGACUUUUCUUAAAAUAAUUAAUCAAAUAUAUAUUAACCACUUAUUUCUGUUUUACUUUAAGCGUCAACGUAAGUUCUCUAACUCAGUCUGAAACUCGAGACAUUAUCCUUGGUAUGGAGAUUUCCGCUCCUAGUGCCCAGAGACAGCAAAUUGCUGAGAUUGAAAAGCAAACCAAAGAGCAAUCCCAGAUGACUGCUACCACGACCAGGACAGUCAACAAACAUGGUGAUGAAAUCAUCACCACCACCACAUCAAAUCAUGAGACGGCCACAUUCUCCUCCAAGACAGAGUGGCGUGUGAGAGCCAUCUCGGCCACCAAUUUGCAUCUGCGCACCAACCACAUCUAUGUCAGCUCUGAUGAUAUCAAAGAGACUGGAUAUACUUACAUCUUACCCAAGAAUGUACUGAAAAAGUUUAUCAUUAUUUCUGAUCUGCGUGCCCAGGUGAGCAUGUUUGAGAAAUUAAAAAAUAAAUUUUCCUAAUACUUGUUAAAAAUUUAUGUUUACAAAAUAGAAUAAAAUUUUGUUUAAAUCAAAUCCAAAUAUAUCACAUAAUGUAUACUGGAUUAUUACGUAAAUUUCGAUCAAACUUAUACUUCAACUGUUAUUGUUUUUUAAUUAAUACAGCUUUUUCAAUACUUUGUUUUCUCCUGAAAAUACAAAUUUAAAUAGGAUUUUUUCUUACGCAACUGAAAUUGCAAUUAAUUACUAAAUUAUAAAAUUUGACUAUUUUUUAAAUAAUUCAUGAAUUUGAAUACAAGAAGUUUCAGGUUUUCCUCCCAUUACUGUUUUUCAGAUUUCUGGUUACUUAUAUGGGGUCAGCCCACCAGAUAAUCCUCAAGUGAAAGAAAUCAGAUGUAUUGUGAUGCCCCCACAAUGGGGAACUCACCAGACUGUCCACCUACCCAACUUGCUUCCAAACCAUGAGUAUCUUAAUGUACGUCAUUUGAGUCUAAAUUUAUUAUUUAGAUCUUACAGUUUACAUUAUAUAAAUGCAUGUUGAUCACAAACUUAGCUGUUUUGCAUCAUGCUUGUAUUAUUUUAUCAUCCUAAUAAUUAGGUAUUUUUUAAAUACUGUAUAUAUGAGUAAAGGCUGCACAUUUAUACCAAAAAUGUAUGAAGUUCAGAGGUGGGAUCUAUCCACUCAAGAUCAAUUUUAGUUACUGUUAUUCACUGUGUAGUCUUUUAUACAUACAAAAAGUAGGAGAAUCGCUUUCCGCCUUGCUCAAAUGUAAGGCAAUCUUUUAUUAGAGAUCUCAUGGUUAAUGAUGAUUGCAUCUUGCUUUUUAAGUUUUAAUUGUAACGUUUGAUGGAUGCCUAUAAAAAAAUUCUUUUAGUUUUAUUUAACCAAGGGUGCGACCUCUCUCUGGGUCAACUGCUGCGAAAACUCACUUUAACCACUAGUGCAACAUAAGCCUGAGUAUAUACAGUAAAAUAUUAACUUGGAAUAUUUUCAUCUCUAAUAUGGAGGAGCAAGCAUUGUGUGUAUUGUAGCUAUUGGUAUAUAUUUAGGUGGCGAUGAAAUUAUUCCAUAAACAUUUGAGUAAAAAGUAUACUGCAUUAGUUAUUAUGAUCGCAGUAUAAAAGUAGAGUUGAGAAAUUACUCACAUUGGCUGGACAAAAACAAAGGAAUUACGUAUUAUUUUUUAUCAUUUAUUUUAUUAGGAAAUGGAACCCCUUGGAUGGAUCCACACUCAGCCCAAUGAGUUACCACAGCUUGCACCACAAGACAUUACAACACAUGCAAAAGUCAUGGCUGACAAUCCAUCUUGGGAUGGGGAAAAAACUGUUGUUAUUACCUGCAGGUAGAUACUUUUAAGAAAGUUAAUUCUUGCUUCAAAAUGCGUAAAAUACAUUAUCCUUUCUAACACCUGCUUCACUCUUUGAAGACUGGGCUUAUUAGCAUAAACUAUAUACAUUGUAAGUUGAACCAUUACACUUCAACGUAUAAAAAAAUAAAUUAUGCGCUUAUUCCUCCUUCUCUCAUCCUGCAUUACUUAUAGGAAGAAUGGUAGUCAACACUGAUGGAAUUCAUUUGGAAAUCUAGAUUUGUGUGAAUUCAAGUUUAAACAAAAUUAAACUUGUAAAAUUCUUAAGGAUUUUAAAGGAUGUGUGUAAAAUAUCAUUUGAUUUUAUUCCCCAGUUUCACUCCUGGCUCCUGUUCUUUAACGGCUUACAAGCUGACUCCCAGUGGCUAUGAAUGGGGAAGGCAGAACAAGGAUACCGGCAACAACCCCAAGGGUUACCUGCCAUCUCACUAUGAACGAGUUCAGAUGUUACUUUCUGACAGGUUUCUUGGAUUCUUCAUGGUGCCCUCCCAGAAUUCAUGGAAUUACAAUUUCAUGGGUGAGUUACUUACUGUUCAUUCUCUUAACUACAGGAAUAAACAAAGUUCACAGAAAUUAAUUGAUGCAAAGUUUCUAACUUUCAAUUCUUCAAAUUAUAUUAUGUUUCUUUUCACUAGAACAAGUCCAAAUGAGACAAAGAGAAAUUAUAUUAAAUAGAAAUAUAGAGUUGAUAUUAAUUUCCUUACCUAGCCGGUGAUAAUAAUUUAAUAAGUUAAUGUUAGAUAUGCGGUGGUUGUGUAAUUGUAUAAUUUCAAACCAUCUAAAACUUAAACUAGGAUGACCAAAUCAUGAACUGGAAAAAACUGGACACACCCAAUGAGGGUUGUUGGGAUUGGUUUCUGCGCCUUCACGUCUCAUGUCUUUCGCUAUACAUAUAAGAUCUAUUAUUAUUUGAAAUGUGUUUCGUUUUAAAAACGGGACAUUUAGGCGUCCCACGAGACUUUUUCAGGGCAACCGGGUACGAUCGUGAAAAAACGAGACAAUCCCGUUUUUACGGGACGUUUGGUCACCCCAACUUAAACAAACAUGUAUAAUAAGUGAAAUUUUUUGGGUUUGACUUUUUAUGAAACCAUGAAACUUGCACAGUAGUUGUGUAGAAAAUAAUUUAUAUUGAAAUGAUGAUCACCAUUACAUUAAUGAAAUAUAACACGAUACUGUUUUUCUUGUCUCCUUUAGGUGUUCGCCAUGACCCUAACAUGAAAUAUGAGCUCCGGCUGUCCAAUCCAAAAGAGUUCUAUCAUGAGAUUCACAGGCCAUCUCACUUCUUGUUCUUCAGUCAAAUGGAAGAGCAUGAGCAGGCCGGAGCAGACCGAGAAGAUCUGUAUGCUUAAUUCUGAAUUGCUGCAGUGAGACACUUGGGUCUCAUUUCUAUUGCCAUUAUUAUGCCUUUAAAUAAAUGCAGUUUAUAAACAUUUCAACAAUAAAGAUCUUAUUUUGAAAGCCAUGUUAAACAAAAAUGAUGAUAAAUGUUUCUAUCUAGAUGAUUCGAAUGCCUUACAUAAAUGUUGGACUGAAAUGGGGUGCUUGGUUAGUGAAACACUUGAUGUUUGAUACCAUUGUGCUGAACAGGAUAAACGCAGUGGAAGAUUAUAAGGUUGUUGUUUUAUUUUAGACCCAAAUAUUUCUAAACCAUUGGUAACUGGAACUGGAAGGCAAGGAAUGAACACUUAGUAAAGUGACCCAUCUUACUACAUUGUUCUCAUAGUAAAGAAAAUAAGUGUGUGCAUAACACUGCUGAUGAUCUUAUGGUUUAACCCAAAUGUUUUAGCCUCUAUAUAAAUAAUCAAUGGAAAAGGACAGCCGUUGUGUCACCGUUUUAGGCCGAGUUCAUAGCUCUUUCUAGGUUUUUGUAUUCAUGUACAUAGUGUAUCAUUGAGAAUAUGUUUUGUUUUGUUAUAAAUGUCAUUUAUUGUGUACAAAACUUAAUUUCAUUUUUGUUUUUAAUAAUUGCUAUGGAUAUUAAAGGUUGCUCACACAGAGGAACACUAGGCGGUAUUUCUAUAAACUCACAUAAAGUGUUAAACUCUUGCAGCCUUUAAUAAAUAAUGAUUUAUUUUGUUACUUCCUCCAGUCGUGUUAAAUAAUAAUUAUGCGGUAAUCAGCUGUUUUAUCAUCAUUUUGAAACUAGUUUCAGUAGUCUACAACGCAUCCUUUUUAAUGUUGAAAAGAGACAGUUGACCAUAAAAUGAAAGCUGAUCUCAUAAUGCUUAUAAUUAUAAAUAUUUUAAGAUGUCACAAAUCAGCAACAGGGACUACAUAGAUUGGAGUAAAAAGUAAUGUGAUGUUUGCAUUACUUAAACCUUUUUACAAUAUUUAUGAGGAAGGGGGGGGGGAUGACUGGCCUGUUCAAAGCAGUGUUUUGUUGAGAAGGUAAUUUUCAUGACUUCAAAACCAUGCUAUUCAUCUUAUUAUUGGCUAAUUUGUAAAGGUUUUCUUCAGUGUUCAAAUUGAUGUCAGCCCGCAUUGUGGUGGGUGGAAUCUUUAUUGCCAACUAAAGAUGAACAUGUGAAACUACUUUUUUCUUGAGCUUGUUUAUGAAAAUAAAAUUUAAAAAA